UCUACUGUCUAGGCACAUAGACCUAACCUACAAUUAUAGCGACAGUUAGUGCAUUCUGGGCAACAGAAUAUAUGACAUAAGUGUACGACGAAUUUUAACAAUUAAAACCGAAUCUUUUCCUACUUUGGCGCUUAUUGCUUAGAAAAAAUGCCUAGACCAAGAAGUCAGAAACGACAUCGUGCCGAUGAGGAUUUCGAUUUUUCACAAACACAAAAUUCAAGUCAAACUCAAUCCUCUGCCGUAAAUGUAGAUGAUACAGCAUUGCAAAACUACGUAUCUGAUGCACUAAAUUAUAUUUUAUAUGCAGCAGAUAAUUCAGCUUUAAUUAAAAGACAAAACAUUAUUAAAUAUGCUCUCGAAGGCAAUACUAGGAUAUGCAAUACUGUGUUGGAGAAGGUUAAAGAAAAUUUAAAGGAAAUAUAUGGCUAUGAAUUAAAAACUGUAGAUUCCGAAAAACCUCCUUCACAACAUCAGUACUUCUUACUUAAUUUGAUUAAACCUUAUUAUCCUGGCUUGCAAUUCACUGACGAGCAAAAACAUGUAAUGAUACUUCGAUAUAUGAUUCUGGUGCAUAUACACAUGUCUGGAGGGAAAUGUACGGGUGAUUCAUUAGAAGAAUUUUUAAAUGAAUGUGGUCUCCCAGUAAAUGACAGCAGCAAUGGUCCUUUUGGGAGUAUUAAAAAACAAAUUGCUGAAUUUCAACAGCAAAAUUAUAUAGUUGCAACUGACGAGAGUGACGGCAAGACUUAUUAUGCUAUUGGAUAUCGAGGACAAUGUGAAUAUGAUAAAGAGGAUUUGGAAAAAUGGUAUUUAAAAAUGGUGAAUGAAGGUGAUAAUCAAGUAGAAGGUGCUGAUGAUGGCAGUGAUGAAGAGGAAAAUGAAGGUGAAAAUUGA